AUGUUUUCCGCUUUCAUCACUCCCAAAGUAGCGGCUGAAAGCGCAAUUUUCCCUGGUGCUCAUGCUCCCUGUGGCUCGAAGCUGGAUGCAGUAAUAGUGCUAGACAGCGGUGGCAGCCUCGGAGCCACCAAUUGGGGGAAAAUUACGCAAUUGGUUUCAGACGUCAUUGGCAACCUGGAUAUCGGUCCUGAAACGGCACAUGUGAGCGCCAUUUCAUUCGGACAGUCCGCUCGCGUUCACUGGGAUCUUAACGAUGACCGUGCUCAUAACCGUCAGUACGCACAGGAUGCGUUUUCUGGCAUGCAGUGGAUGAACUCGGUGACAAAUACUCCCUCGGCGCUGGACACAGCCGUGAAAGUUUUCCAAGAAUCGGCGCGUUCUAAUGAUGAAAGUGUCGGUAGACUACUCGUCGUCGCUACAGAUGGAUGUGCGAACUACUACGACAGAUUUUCCUUCAACAGUUUGUCUGAGCAUUUCGAGAGCGUUUUCAACAAGCUUGAAAAUCUUCGUAACCUGCACAGGCUGGUCAUUGGCUUGGGGAACAAGGUUUGUCGCGGCGAGGUUGAACGCAUCGCUGGCUGCGACCCUCAGAAUGGAACCGCUCCUUGUCGUAACGCGAAGUUUGUCGACUUUGACAAGACAGCGGGACAGAUUUUAGGGUAUGUGAAAGAGGCGUGCGGGCAUAACAUCGAGGCACAACACCCUGAGUCAGCAGAGGGUGGUACAGAUGUGACACCACCGGCAGUUGAGACUCCUGAUUCUGUCACAUCUGACGAGUCCGGGGGAGGACAGCAACACAGACCGGAAAGACCCUCUGAGCAAUCUCCGUCUUCUUCUGAUAACGUAGCGGGAGAUGAGGUGAAGGAUCAUGGGCAGACAUGCAAAAUGAAGAAAGUCGAUGCUGUCGCGGUUCUUGAUAGCUCAAUGAGUGUUGGUCCCGAGCAUUGGAAGGAACUGUUAAAGUUAACAAAGCAUUUAGGUGAGACGUUGGAUAGCCGAGCAGGUCACAGCCGAUUCGGUCUACUGAGUUAUAGCGAUGCUGUCACUGUGCAUAGAAAACUGGAAGACAGUCCUUUUGAUGCGGCUCACUUGGAGAAGGAGCUAGGAGAAGUCCCAUUCAUGAAUGGCAACACAUUCACUCCGAAAGCCCUCGAUUCUGCAUACGAAAUCUUCAAAGAGACUAUACAUGAAGAGUCGCAGGGUGCCGAGGACUCGGAGCAUAAACGCGUUUUGGUGCUAGCAACGGAUGGCUGUGCCGAUAUUUAUGGCAAGGAACACGGGAGCCUAGAAAAACACUACCGUGUUGCCAUUGGCAAUCUGGAUAAAGUUCCGCGUUUGCAUACAGUGGUAGUGGGUAUAGGAAAGCAUAUAUGUGUCGAUGAGCUUCGUUACAUCGCCGGCUGUGACCCGCAUAACUUGGCUGCUCCGUGCCCAAAUCUCCUUCUGACAUCUUGGGAUGCUCUGGAAAAAGAUUUCAAGCGGCUGGACAAAGACGUGUGCGAAGAAAUAACUUUGGAAGAGAAGGAAGACCAGGAAAUGUCACCAGUAGUGCCACAACCACCUGAGGUCUCUAACACGACGUGUACCAAAGGUAGAGUGGAUGCAGUGGCGGUCCUUGAUGGAUCGGGAAGUAUUAGCAAGAGUGACUGGAAGAAGACCCGUGAAAUUGCUAAAUUAUUUGCUGGCGCCUUGAAUAUUGAGAUCCGGCUCAUCGCCGGCUGCAACCCUCACGGGACGGACCCUUGUCCGAACGCAAAGUUCACGGACUUCAAUUCCGUCUUAGAAGAGCUUCCGCAGUACCUUGAAGAAAUAUGUGAGGAGGUAGAGACUGGCGUCGCACCUCCUGGAAGCAGCCCCGAAGAAGUGCACCCGCCAGGGGGGCAGCCUGAAGGUGUUCCUCCGGCUGAAGAAGAAGCGGGUGGCCUUCGUCCGCCCACAGAAGAGAGCGGGGGGGAAGGACACCCACCAACGGGGGAGCUCCCAGAAGUGCAGCCUCCCAUGCCAGAGGAACCAGGAGUGGAGACACCCGGAGCUGGCCCAACAACAGAGGAGCUUCCACCGACAGAGGAGGAAGGGGGUGAGAUCGAGCCACCGACUGAAGAAGAAGGAGGCGGGCUCCAUCCGCCCACAGAAGAGAGCGAGGGGGAAGGACACCCACCAACUGGAGAGCUCCCAGAAGUGCAGCCUCCGAUGCCAGAGGAACCAGGAGUGGAGACACCCGGAGCUGGCCCAACAACAGAGGAGCUUCCACCGACAGAGGAGGAAGGGGGUGAGAUCGAGCCACCGACUGAAGAAGAAGGAGGCGGGCUCCGUCCGCCCACAGAAGAGAGCGAGGGGGAAGGACACCCACCAACGGGGGAGCUCCCAGAAGUGCACCCUCCCAUGCCAGAGGAACCAGGAGUGGAGACACCCGGAGCUGGCCCAACAACAGAGGAGCUUCCACCGACAGAGGAGGAAGGGGGUGAGGUCGAGCCACCGACUGAAGAAGAAGGAGGCGGGCUCCAUCCGCCCACAGAAGAGAGCGAGGGGGAAGGACACCCACCAACUGGAGAGCUCCCAGAAGUGCAGCCUCCGAUGCCAGAGGAACCAGGAGUGGAGACACCCGGAGCUGGCCCAACAACAGAGGAGCUUCCACCGACAGAGGAGGAAGGGGGUGAGAUCGAGCCACCGACUGAAGAAGAAGGAGGCGGGCUCCGUCCGCCCACAGAAGAGAGCGAGGGGGAAGGACACCCACCAACGGGGGAGCUCCCAGAAGUGCAGCCUCCCAUGCCAGAGGAACCAGGAGUGGAGACACCCGGCGCUGGCCCAACAACAGAGGAGCUUCCGCCGAUCGAAGAACUUCCGCCGACUGAUGAAGACGUGGGCGAGAUCGAACCACCAAGAGAGGAAGAAGGAGGCGAGCUCGAGCCACCUACAGAGGAAGAUGAGGGGGAGGGACCCCCGCCAACGGAGGAGCUUCCUGAAGAGCACCCUCCUAUGACAGAGGAUCCAGGAGCGGAAACACCUGGUGCUGGACCAUCAACGGAGGACAUAGCUCCUCCGGAAUCAGAAGUUCCACCGGGUGAAGGCGGUUUCAUGCCUCCCUCUGGUGGAGGCCAGGAAGGAACGGAAUCCGUUCCUCCUGCAGAAGAAAGCACUCCCUCUGAGACUAAGCCUUUUCCGGAGAUCCCAGGGAAGCAUCCUGGAGCCCCCAGCGAGGAGAAGGAGGAGGAAGGAGGCACGCCCAUUGCUGCAAUCGCCGGAGGUGUUAUUGGAGGCAUCCUGCUGCUUGGAGCCGCCGGCGCAGGAACGUAUGCGCUUGUCGGAGGAGGCGGAGCGGCGGCAGCGGCGUCUGCUGAUGGCGCGGAAGCGGUUGACCAAGGUGAAGGAGAGGAAUCUUUAGAGGACCGUGAAGUUGGCAUUGAUAUUGACGAUGAUAUGUUCGCUGUCGACGAGAUGUAA